AUGGUGGGUCUCAAGAUGGAGCCGUGUGUGGUCCCCCAUUGUCACCUUGUGCCAUGUUCCACCAAUCAAAGUCAACAGAAACUUCAGGCUCAGCGGAAACUCAGCAUUGCUUGUCUGGUCUGCUUUCUCUUCAUGGUUGGAGAAGUUAUAGGUGGAUACAUGGCACAUAGCCUGGCCAUCAUGACAGAUGCAGCCCACCUGUUGACAGAUAUGGGCAGCAUGGGUGUCAGCCUCUUUUCACUCUGGGUCUCCACUCGCCCAGCCACCAAAACCAUGAGCUUUGGCUGGCACCGCUCAGAAACACUGGGUGCCUUGGCUUCUGUCGUCUCUAUCUGGAUCGUGACAGGAGUGCUGGUCUACUUAGCUUCAGCCCGUAUAAUUAGCAACGACUAUGAGAUUGAAGCUUCUGUGAUGCUGGGCACUUCAGCCUGCGCAGUGGGAGUGAACAUCAUCAUGGCCUACCUUCUGCAUCAGUCAGGUUCUGCACACAGUCAUGGAUUCAGCACAAGAGGCUAUGAACAGAUUGAGGACAGCCCCCAUGGCCCCUCCAUUCCCACCCAUGACAACACCAGUGUCCGAGCGGCUUUUGUACAUGUGGUGGGGGACCUACUUCAAAGCAUUGGGGUCUUUGUGGCUGCCACUGUCAUCUAUUUCAAGCCCCAAUGUAAGAUUGCUGACCCAGUGAGUACUUUCCUCUUCUCAGUCUUUGUGUUGGGCUCCACCUUAACCAUCCUUCGUGAUGUCUUUCGAGUACUCAUGGAAGGGAGACCACGAGGUGUGGAGUUCCAAGCAGUUAAGGAAACCCUGCUCUCUGUCAAAGGUGUGAAGCAUGUCCAUAAUCUGCAUCUUUGGGCUUUAACUCUCAGCCAUCAUGUUGUGGCUGUACACAUAGCCAUUGAAUCCGAUGCUGACAUGGAGGUUGUGCUACAAGAAGCCACAGCUCUGCUACAAAGCAAGUUUGGCUUCUUCUCAUGCACCAUCCAGGUGGAGCCCUACCUGGCUGACAUGGCCACCUGCCAGCAGUGCCAGGACCCACAGGACUAA